AUGAGCCAUGUGGUCCCCAUGUAUUCCUUCUUAUGUCGGACCCUACAAUUCCUGCUCUUCUUGUCGAUAUUCUGUUCAUCGUUAGCCGGGCCGGUGACCAAAUGUCCGGAAAAGUGUCAUUGUUUCAAGAGAAAUUUGGAUUGUUCGAGUCGUGGGCUACGCGAUGUUCCAUACGGCAUUCCCAAAGCUACCCUUCACUUAGAUCUCAGCAACAACGAUCUCUCGGAGCUCGAUGUAACGCGGUUCACCCAUUUGCGCCGACUUUCCACACUCGAUUUGUCGAACAACCGCCUAAGCACAUCAAGCGUCGAACGAGGCCUUGUCGUACUCGGAAAACUGACUGUUCUCGACCUCCGGAGGAACCUAAUUGACAGAAUACCUGCAAAUCUGCAUCUGCUUGAGAAGCUUGUUCGUUUGGAAAUGAGAGGGAACAACAUCUCAACGAUUUCGGCCGGUGACGUGCAAAUGCUGAGUAUGAUUCGUGAGGUGGACCUAUCGAAGAAUCAGAUCAUUUCGUGGAAGUUCAGUUCGGCAGAUUCCAAUUUUUUGCUGGAUGGAAGGCGACAACUUGUGGGGAGCCAUAUCGAAAGCUUAGAUUUAUCGUUAAAUGCCAUCAAUCAACUACCACCGGACGCCUUUUCCAACAUGGGCUUUCUGCAAAGACUUUCGUUGGCGUCGAAUCGCCUCGAAAAUGUCUCCUCAACGCAAUGGAAUGGCCUCCGUACUCUUCAGAGUUUAGACAUUUCCCGUAAUUCCAUCGCGCACCUGCCGAGCCUGGCCUUCAACACCACCCCACAACUGACCAAUCUCUCACUGGCUGAAAAUAGGAUUAAUCGCCUGGACGACGGGGUUUUCUUCAAAGCCUACCAAUUGACUACGCUCAAUCUCUCUUCAAAUCUCAUCCAUAACAUUUCCGGUGGUUGGCACUACGGGCUUAGCGAGCUGCAGACACUAGAUCUGUCGUCGAACCGCAUCGGUUGGGUCGACGCCGCGUCGUGGCAGAACGUGGCUGACCUUCGAGAGUUGCGCCUAGGUCACAAUGGAUUGCGUAUGCUGCCAUCAGGGGCUUUCAGCAGCCUGCGAAAGCUGCAUACAUUAGGAUUGCAGGCGAACGGGCUUGAAUCUUUGCAUAAAACAGCACUCAGCGGGCUUGACCAGUUAUGGAGCCUUGAUCUAUCUUCGAACGCGUUGGCGGUGUGCUUGGAGGAUGGUGCGGUACUCUACAACACAUCGCUACCUUUCCUCAAAGAACUUCGUUUUUCUAAUAACAGCUUGAAAGCCCUGCCAGCAAGGGCAUUUGCUCGUUUCCCAGCCCUUGAGGUCCUUGACUUACGCCAUAACCCAAUCGCCACAAUGUUGAAGGGUUCGUUUGAGCCGUUGGCGCUGAAGACGUUUUACCUGAACACAUCAUCGUUGCUUUGCGACUGUAAAUUAGACUGGUGGGCGGCUUGGUUGUACCAAAGUCGGCUGGACAAACGACAUAUAGAGACGCGGUGUUCGCAUCCAGCUCCGUUGGUUGGUAUCAACGUUGCGGCUCUAGAUGUGGCCAAUCUGACGUGUGUUGAUGACUCGCCGAGACCGCGUAUAACAUCCCAUCCGCCCCCACAGACCAAGACGAUGAUCGGAUCGGAAGCGCACGUCGACUGCGCUGGGUACGGUGAGGCGCCUCUGUGGCUCGAAUGGCGGUUAACGGAGAUUGGCGGAAAAUCGCGAGUCAUUUUCGAAAACAGCGAUCCGCGUUUCCUAUUAACUGUGACCGAGAUACCUGGUGUUCAAAAAAAUCAGAUGGGAUUGAGCGGUCAGCUGACACUGACAAACGCACAGCUCUCCGACCGCGCAGAGUAUCAAUGCGUUGUGCGAAACCAAUUUGGCGCCGACUACAGCAAUCGCACAUUUCUUGAAGUGCAGCAGAUUCCCGUGUUCACCAGCGAGCCCGAUGAUUUGGCGCUACUGGUGGGGCAGAAUGCGAAGAUUGCUUGCUCGGCAACAGGCGUGCCCACCCCGGUCAUCAAAUGGCAAAAAGACGGCGGUGAAUCGUUUCUGGCGGCGGCCGAACGACGGCUGCACGUCUACUCGCACGACGAGCAUUUAUACAUUAUUUCCGUUAAGCCAGAAGAUUCGGGCGUCUACACUUGCCAUGCUGUCAACGAUGCAGGGCAUCAACAAGCCAGCGCCACUCUUCGAAUAUACGACAAUUACUUCCGCUCCCCGCUACAAGACCUGGAAGUGGCGGAGGGGGAUACGGUGGCCCUCGAUUGCACGGCGGACCUGCAGCCUGGCCAGCGCGUACAAUGGAUACACGAAUACCCCAACGGGGAUACGGAGGUUGUAUACCCGUCUACUCGACUGUCGUUGCUGGCGCGGGAUCAAUUGCUGCUGCUCGUCAAGGCAACCCACAGGGAUUCUGGGCGUUAUUCCUGCGAACUUUGGGCUGGCGCUCAUCUCCUAGCCGCUCAACGGGCUAGCAUUACGGUGUUUUCUGCAAGUGCGCCUGUAAUGGAGCGGUUAUUGAUACGACAAGGCCACCUAAACAUCACCCUUGGCCAACUGAUCACCAUCGUCUUUCUGGCUACGUUGCUCGGCCUAGGUUUCAUCUGUUGCCUGACUAUCUUUAUCAUCUACUAUCGUCGAGCGGCUCGCGAUCAUCGUCGGUACAGAGCGCGCAGUUAUGGCCCUGUCAACCAGCCAACAAUU